UCCGUCCGGCUUCUCAUGCCCCCUGUGUGUGCGUGCUUUUGCAGCUCCGUGGACACGAGCAUCCUCAACGAGAAGCACCAGGCGCCCAUCCACCUCGCCACCGAGCUCAACAAUGUCAAAGCGCUGGAGGCCAUGGGCCGGCACAAGGACAAGGUGGACGCCAUGCUGGGCGGCGAGCACGGCCGAACGGCGCUGCACAUCGCCGCCAUCUACGACCACGACCAGUGCGCCCGGGUGCUGAUCUCCAACUUCUCGGCGUGCCGGCGGAAGGCGUGCGCCAACGGCUUCUACCCGAUCCACGAGGCGGCCAAGAACGCCUCGUCGCGCACCAUGGAGGUGAUCCUGCAGUGGGGCGAGACCAACUGCAUGUACACGCGCGAGGAGAUGAUGUCGCUGUACGACGCGGAGGGCAACGUGCCGCUGCACUCGGCCGUGCACGGCGGCGACAUCAAGGCCGUGGAGCUGUGCCUGCGGUCGGGCGCGCGCAUCAGCACGCAGCAGCACGACCUGAGCACGCCCGUGCACCUGGCGUGCGCGCAGGGCGCCGGCGACAUCGUGCGCCUCAUGUUCAGCAUGCAGCCGCAGGAGAAGGCGCAGUGCCUGGCCUCGUGCGACGCGCAGAAGAUGACGCCCCUCCACUGCGCCGCCAUGUUCGACCACCCGGACAUCGCCGAGUACCUGGCCGCCGAGGGCACCGACGUGAACGCCAAGGACAAGGAGAGCCGCACGCCGCUGCUGCUGGCCGCGUCCAGGGGCGGCUGGCGCACCGUGAUCGCCCUCAUCCGCCUGGGCGCCAACAUCCGCGUCAAGGACAGCAACUCGCGCAACGUGCUGCACCUCGUCGUCAUGAACGGCGGCCGCCUCGACGAGCUCGCCGCCACCGUCGUCAAUCAGGCCAAGGCGCAGAAGGACCUGCACGAACUGCUCAACGAGAAGGACUCGACGGGCUGCUCGCCGCUGCACUACGCCUCCAGGGAGGGGCACAUCCGGUCGCUGGAGAACCUCAUCCGCCUUGGUGCCUGCAUCAACCUCAAGAAUCACAAUAACGAGAGCCCCCUGCACUUUGCGGCCAGGUUCGGCCGAUACAACACGGUGCGGCAGCUGCUGGAUUCGGAGAAGGGCUCUUUCAUCAUCAAUGAGAGCGACGGCGAGGGGCUGACCCCCCUGCACAUCGCCAGCCAGCAGGGACACACGCGGGUCGUGCAACUGCUGCUCAACAGGGGUGCCCUGCUGCACCGCGACCACAUGGGGCGCAACCCGCUGCACCUGGCCGCCAUGUCCGGCUACACGCAGACCAUGGAGCUACUGCAGAGCGUCCACAGCCACCUGCUGGACCAGCUGGACAAGGAUGGCAACACCGCUCUCCACCUGGCGACCAUGGAGAACAAGCCCAACUCGAUACAGCUGCUCCUCUCCAUGAACUGCAAGCUGCUGUACAACUACCGCGAGCUGAGCGCCAUCGACUAUGCCAUCUACUACAAGUACCCAGAGGCGGCCCUCGCCAUGGUCACCCACGACGAGAGGGCCCAGGAGGUGCUCGAGCUCAAGUCCGACAAGCACCCCUGUGUGACGCUGGCGCUGAUCGCCGCCAUGCCCCGGGUCUUUGAGUCCGUGCAGGACAAGUGCAUCACCAAAGCCAACUGCAAGAAGGACUCCAAGUCGUUCUAUAUCAAGUACAACUUCGACUGCCUGCGCUGUCCGCCCACCGCCCCGGCCGAGGGUGGGCACCACGGGGAGGGUCUGCUCCAAUCCCAGCAGCCGCUGCCACUGCCCGCGCUCAAUGUAAGUCGAGUGUUCAGUACGCCUGGAGCCCCGCGGCUGCUGUCGCUGCCACUGGAGCACUCCCUGGAGCAGGAAGGAGCACAGUCGAUCAAGUACGACUUCUUCCCGUACAAAUUGUCCCAAAGAAAAGUGGCUAUGCGCCGCAAGGAGCUGGCCAACCCGCGCUGGAACCCCGAGCCCCUCAAAACCAUCAACGCUAUGGUAGUGCACGGGCGCGUCGAGCUGCUGGCGCACCCGCUCUCGCAGAAGUACCUCCAGAUGAAGUGGCACUCGUACGGGAAGUACUUCCACCUCACCAACCUGCUGCUCUACUCCAUCUUCCUGCUGUUCGUCACGUGCUUCUCGACCGAGCUCAUGUGCUUCAUGCACGAGCACGACCGGAACAAGGCGGCCAACUUGACGCAGGUCGACGUGACCGACGACCCGAUCAUGGAGGAAGAGACUGGCUUUCAAUCUGACCGGCGCAGGCACGGCAGGCUCGACGGCCUGGAGAUACGCGCCGCCCCGAUGCCCCCGAUGCCGCUGUGGGAGAUGGACGACAUGAACCGCUUCGCCGGCACGCCGCUCAUGUACGCGUGCUCCGUCAUCAUCCUCAUCUACGUGGUGAUCAACACGAUCCGCGAGCUGCUGCAGCUGUACCAGCAGCGCGGCGCCUACCUGCUGGACGCGAGCAACCUGGUGCCCUGGCUGCUCUACUCGUCGGCCGCCUUCACCGUCCUGCCCAUGUUCGCGGGCGUGCUCCGCGAGCAGCAGGUGUCCUUCGCGUCCCUCAUGGUGUUCCUCGCCUGGUUCAACCUCCUGCUCUUUCUUCAGCGGUUUGACCGAGUGGGGAUUUACGUCGUCAUGUUUUUGGAGAUUCUCCAGACCCUCAUCAAAGUCCUGCUCAUAUUCUCCAUACUUAUCAUAGCUUUCGGCCUGGCUUUCUACAUCCUCCUUUCUCGGGGGAACCACCUGUCGUUCAACAACGUGCCCAUGUCGCUCAUCCGCAUCUUCUCUAUGAUGCUGGGGGAGAUCGACUUCCUGGGGACGUACGUGCAACCCUUCAACCUGAUCCAGGACGCGGAGCAGCGCUGGCUGCCGCUGCCGCUCACCACGUUCCUGGUGUUGGGCAUGUUCAUGGUCAUCAUGCCCAUCCUCCUCAUGAACCUGCUCAUCGGUUUGGCAGUCGGUGACAUCGAGAGUGUGCGCAGGAACGCCCAGCUCAAGCGACUCGCCAUGCAGGUCGUGCUUCACACAGAACUAGAAAGGAAACUGCCCCACUUUAUGCUAGAGAAAGUUGAUAAGAUGGAGUUAAUUGAGUAUCCUAACAAUGAAUGCAGCAGGAUAGGUAUUAUUGAUACCCUGUUCCGGAAAUGGUUCUGCAACCCCUUCAACGAUGAUGAAAUGGAUUCAAUCACGGACGGCCCAGAGGACAUUUUUAGUGAAGAACUAAUGAAAACAAAACAGAAGCUGAAGGAGAUAACUACAGCUCUGGAGACGCAGCACAUGCUCCUGCGCUUGGUAGUCCAGAAAAUGGAGAUCAAAACAGAAGCCGAUGACGUGGACGAGGGUGUUUCAUCGAAGGACUUAAAACCUCUUUCAGGGGGCAAUUCAAAGUGGACUUCCCCGAGGGUUAGGAAGAAACUGCGGGCAGUUGGAAGAAGCUACAGCAAGUCCUCUUCAAUGUAGACUGAGGCAGCAAAUUAUUUUUGGAGUGUUGUGUAGAGUGUGUUUCUGUUUUUUUAAUCGUUCUGUGUUUUACCAUGGUGUUUUACACAAAAUCAAUGUAUUUAUUUAUUUAAAAUAGGCUAAGUUAAAUGCAACGUUCAGAAAGACUGUUUAAAUUACAUAUUGAGUUAUUGACAAACGAAAAAGGUGUUUACUCUCCUGGUGAGUGUAAGUUGGCCCACAAACAAUUAGUCACAAACACGACUUUUAUUAUUAUUCAAAACCAAAACUAUGAUAAUAAGAACUAUUUUUCACACAAUAGAUUAGGAGACAGUAAGAAAAGAAGACAGCAAUUUUUAUUUAGUGUUAUUCCCAACUAUUUCUGAUAAGAAAACAUGUGUGCAAGGCAAUGGCUCUAGGCCCUAUCAUUAACUGUCUUACAGUAUUACUUUCUAAUUGAAAUAAAAACUUAUCACUCAAAAGCG